UUUUGACUUCAGACAUCAUGCUACAUUUUCUUUUGUGGACAUUUUUUAAAUAUCUUCUUAAUUAUCACCGUGUUGUUGACACUUUAUUUUUUAAGUUAAUUGAUGAAAUGCUUUGUGUGGUUUUAUCUUAACUGCAUACCUCAAUAGUGUUCAGGGUAAUGGUUGCUAUGGUCUCUGUGCUUGGUUACCAGGGCAGAAUAUUGAUUUAAUCCUCAAGGGCUGUGGUCAUAUCCUUGGCAGUUCACCUAUUGUUAUGAUAAUAAGGCAUCCCUGGGUAGCCAAUGAGUGAUAAUCUUGUUUGGUCCACGGAGAAAUGAAAAGGUUUCUCAGAAUGGUGUGCUGACAUUUUAACCCCAAUAAAAUAACCAACUCCAUUACUGGUCAAGCCUGCAACUCCUGUUUAGUCACACACAGCGAACCAUGUCUUAUAGCCAGUCUGUGAAAUGCUUUUGGGAUUGAAUCAUUGCUUGGAACUGAAAGAAAAAACAUUUUUUAAAUAUUUUUUUAAAAAAGAAACAUUUAACCUGUGCUGUCACAGGAGAAGACAUGAUUUAAAUUAAAUGAAUAAUGAAUCAUAAGCAAUACCGAAGAAAACAUUAACCGGUUGGUUGAUCGUAUACUUGCUUGUUUUUCUUGUUUACAUUGUUAUGAAAAGGUUAAAGUGAGGACAUUUCUGGAACUCUGUUACGUAAGUCAGUGCAAUAAACAUGCAACCUGUGGCAUUCUUUUAUGCAAGCAAACAUGUUGGCAGAGGCUGUUGGAGCAGAUUAGAGAAUGAUGACACGGUGAUGGUGGUGUUCAGAUUGAGAGACUUCCCAUGUGAGCACAGACACACAGGCAAAGCAGCCAUUCAGCAGUGGGAUGGAUCCUGACUACUAAAGAGGAAGAGGGAGAGAGAGAGAGAGAGAGAAAGCCGAAGAGAGAGAGUGAGAGAGAGCAAGAAAUGGGGGAGUGGUGGGAGUGAGAGAGGAAGCGAAAAAGAGAGUGAAAGGCUCCACACGGCAGAAUAUAAAUCUGUAUGUUAACAGAGCUAAAGCUGGAGGUCUCGAAGCGGCGUUAGUGGUUAUGCUGUUUGGGGGGUGGCCAUAAAGCAUCAAGAGGUGGUCUUCCCUUUUAACUGAGGAUCUGUGCGGGAAGUGGAACCUAGGGAAGCUGUGAACCCCGGUUGUCAAGCGCUGGUGGGCUGGUCGGAGGUCUCUGACCCCCUCAUUUUCAUCUCUGGAAGAAAAGAGAAGAGCAAAAGAGACACGAGAGGAAAAGGAAGGUGGCAAGGGAUCAGUGAGCCAUUUCUCUCUUUAUUACCUCCAUUCACAAAACCAUUGCAUCCCAUUAUCACAGCGAUGUAGAGGCAUUCUCUCCGAUUAGAGGAGGAAGGGUCCCAUUGACUGCUGAGGCUUAGCACCUCUCUCCAAACGCGAGCCCUUUUCAUUGCAGCCCCCCUUCCACUCAUCUCUAUCCUUACGUCCGCUAUUUUCUCUGUUCUUCUCUCUUUUCUUGUCCUUUGUAUUGCUGUCCCUUUUCACACCACUCAGGAAUCAGGAGCCAUUGCGUUUUGGUAGAAGUGGGUGUCUCUGGAGCUGUCAUUGUGUUUGGUGCCGCUACAAAGGACAGCUGAGCAGGGAGUGAGAGAGACAGCUUUGGAGAUAAUAAAAUAGCAGCCUGAAAGAAAAGGGGGGACCUGGGACUACAGGAACAGCUGACAUCCAGUGGAAGGUGAAUUGUGAUGAAAAGACAACUGUUACAGAGACUGACAAACCAUCUUAAGGUAGCUAUUGAGACCAUUACCACUUCUUGAAGGAAUAAAGAAGCAGUGUACCAAACCAAUACUGUCGGUCGGAUUCUGCUAUUGCUGUUGCUAAGCAAAGUCUUUAACCUGAAGUUCUUGGGGAGACAGUAGUGAACAUCACUCUGCAACCAUGAAAGGGAGCUCAGAGGAAAGCAUUGAAAGCAUCAGGCCCUCCAACCUGCAGGCUUUUGCUAACAUAUCCACCCUACAUGGCAUGAGUCACAUAUUCGCCUACGGGCACAUGACAUUCCGUCGGUUUCUGUGGACUCUUUCCUUCCUUGGUUCUCUAGGCUUACUGAUGCUAGUCUGCAUGGAUCGAGUGUCAUAUUACCUGGAGUACCCUCACGUCACCAAGCUGGAUGAGGUGGCUGCGACUAACCUCACGUUCCCGGCUGUUACCUUCUGUAACCUCAAUGAAUUCCGCUUCUCCAAAAUCACCAGAAAUGACCUCUAUCAUGUGGGAGAGCUCUUGGCCCUCCUCAAUAAUAACUACCAAAUAGCCAACCCACACUUGGCUGAGCCCGAAGUUCUGGCUGCCCUAAAGGAUAAGGCAAACUUCCAGAACUUCAAGCCCAAACUGUUCAACAUGACUGAUUUCUAUAACCGCACAGGUCAUGACAUCAGUGACAUGCUACUGCAGUGCACCUUUCGAGGAGAGGAUUGCUACCCAGUGAACUUCACCACAAAUCACUAUUCACUGGCACUAUACUGAUAUUUAGACGACAGACUCAGGAAAUUUUCAAUUACUCAGUUCCCUCCACAGACAUGUUGAGAGGAAGAUUUACAAUGCAAAGGACUGUGGAACUGAUGAGCUUUGACCUUGUAUAAAUGCAAGAAGAAUUCCAUUAAAUCUGGAUUACGCGGUUGGGAAACAAAGCAUCCAAAAUGUUUUGCAUUGGAAUGGAUGGCUGGGAAGGGAAAGAAUGUCAAUUU